GUUUCCUGUUGUUAUUUCAGAACUCCGCCCGCCCGUGUUUCACAGAAGUUUAAAACGUUCGCCUUUCGUGGAACGUCAACACUGAAUGACGCACAUCCUUCGUUUCAGCAUAGCACUGCUAACGGUAAGCUAAGUCAACAGAAGGCGGUGUGUCGUAGAUCGCGGUGUUAGAACUAAACGGUGGUGAAAUAGUCCUGGCCCGCGCAGAAACCCCCGUUACAAUUUUCUCGUAUUUGUCUGGGAUGUAUGGAUGGAUAGUUGACGGAAUUUCGUCGCUGUUCGAGCCCGUUACGGGGCAAAACCCAACCGAGUGGCCCGGGAAAAGCAACGUUAACAUUAGCGAAGAGGUACACACGCGACCUGGCGUGAAAGCGGGAGCACAGCGACAGGAGAACCACAGCAGACCGACCAAACGGAACUAUCAGAGCGUUGAUGUUGCCGACAGUGUUUGCCAGAGUGACCAGGUAGAGGUGAAAAGACCCCGGCGAGAUGUAGUCAUUAGCUUUGUGAAGAAGACUCUGGCCGGGGUAGCAGGUCUGCUCAGGCUCAGGAACCCGCUGAACACCAGGUGUGAGAAGCCUCGACAUUAUGAAGAGACACAGCCUGUUACUCUGAUGGGAAUAGAUGAGCUCCACACCUCAUGGCUGAACAGUACUGAGUGGAGAAUGAGUAAACCGGUGAGUGGAGUGAAUGAGAGGGGUGGGAAGAACCCCUUUCGGAGCUCCUCGCCUCCUUUAAUAAGGAAAUACAGCAGGGCAGGGCUGCCUGCAGGGCUCGCCGACAGGGGGAAGGAAAAGGAGAGGAAAGGCUCUCUCCAGCUGCUGCCCUCGAGGCCUUCUCUGAGGGUGGGGACUGCUAAUCCUGAUCCAACCUGCAAUGGCUUUGGACAUAGCCGCUGCUACAAGCCCAGUCUAACCGUGGAGGAGGCCAUAAAGCAGAAUGAUAAGGAGCGCUAUAGGCGCUUGCUGGAGAUGGUGACAGACAAAUACAGCAAAAGCCAACCGCUACCUUUCAACCAAACCAAACCACAAGAUGAGUCACUGUCACAGCAUGAUCCCAUAACUACUGCUUCAGGAAAAGCCUUUGAAUCAGUGCCCAGGAAGACAGGAUACACAGCUGCUCCAAGUGUAUUUACAUGGAGAAAUGCAUCUGCAACCAAGGACAGGCGGGGUAGUUUGACCUUUAGUAAGACAUUCAGUGGAGCCUUUGAGGACACACAGCCUGCUAGAUGUGCUAAGAAACAGGCAACAGAGUUGGACCUUUCUACAGAAGUAGCUACUCGCCUCAAUCUGGUGGACAGAGAGACUCCCGCCGUCGGUCUGCCUGACUCACAUUCUGCACACACAGCACAUGCACGACACAGCGAUGAAGACAUACCUUGGCUGACCAAGGAAAUGGCAGCAGAGGUGAGUUGUGCUCUGGCUCAGUGUGAUCCUAACCUUGUUCUGAGUGCCGCUUUCAAACUACGCAUCACACAGAGAGACCUGGCCACACUGCAGGAGGGCGGCUGGCUCAACGAUGAGGUGAUUAACUUCUACCUGUCCCUGGUCAUGGAGCGGAGCUCUCGUGAUGCAGCAGCAUUAAAAGUCUACUCGUUCAGCACCUUCUUCUUCCCCAAGCUGCGGGGUAGAGGAUGUGGGCAGGCGGGGGGACACGCUGCCGUGAAGCGCUGGACCAAGGCGGUCGACCUUUUCCUCUACGACCUCAUCCUGGUCCCCCUGCACCUGGGCGUCCACUGGGCAAUGGCUGUGAUUGAUUUUAACUCAAAGACCGUGAAGUCAUAUGACUCGAUGGGCCAGAGGCAUGAUGACAUCUGUAGUCUUUUACUACUCUACCUGAAAGAGGAACACAAAGAUAAGAAAGACAGAGAGCUCGACAGUGGCAAAUGGACUGUUGGAAGUUUUAGGGCCACUGAGAUUCCCCAGCAGAGAAAUGGUAGUGACUGUGGGGUUUUUGCUUGUAAAUACGCUGACUAUAUCGCAAAAGGAAGGUCUCUCACCUUUAAACAGUGCCAGAUGCCUCUCUUCAGGAAAUUAAUGAUUUGGGAAAUCCUCAAUCAGAAGCUGCUAUAGAAGAUAACAACAAUCUCAAUUAAUGGCCUAACAAUAGAGACUUUGUCAGUGGGAGUACACACCUGUGUACAGUAACUAAGAAGGAAGAAAAAGAAGAGCAUGGGCUAAAGAAGUGGGCUUCACUGGCUGAAAUCUAACCACGUCUAGCUGUUCUGGUCUGAAGAAAACAAACACUAGUCUUAAGAGUUGAUUAUGUCCCUCUCCCUGUGUGGGACAUAUUAGGAUUUUGUAAUCUCUGAGUUGUAAUUGGAGACAUUAUUGGUAUGUAAGUAAGUAAGUGUAUGACUUACGCAAGCUUUGGCACUACUGACUGAACGGCUUUUUUAAUAGACUUUACAUUUUUACUUUUACUGUUUUGAAGUUCUGCCUGAAGUGCCUUCAUCCCUCUGACACCGAGCUCAGCUCUCAGUUGAAGAGCAGUGAUAUUUUGGCAUAAUUUGAUUGUUCCCCUCCCAUUUGUGAUCAGCAGAGUGGACACCUUCUAACUACAAUGCAAUUUGGUCCUGACACUCAGUCUCUUUGUGAAAUACAGAAAGUGAUAUUGAAAAUACCUCUUUUCCAGUCCCUUUUUAGAACAAAAACACAUGGAGCAUUGAGCGCUGGCAGUAUGUUUGUUUUGCUACUAUUUAUGACUUGAUUGAAUGAUAAAGUGUGUGUGUAGUUUAUUUUUCCUCCGUGAGUGGAGCAUUAAUUAUGUAACAUAAGGCGCUGAUAGGUAUGUGAAUUUUUUCCAUAAGCAUACUUUUGACUGAUAGUAUACUGCAUAGCAAACUACUGUACACACAUGCAUGUUUGAGUUCAUGCUUUAAAAAAAAUGUGAUUUUUUUUUUUUUUUUGUCCAUGUUAAUAAAAUAUUUCAUUUUUUAAA